AUGUCAUUUCUACACACAAAAAUUUGUAUCACACAAAAAAAAUCAAUAUGGCCUCAACCACCACAUCUCUCCUCCUCCUCCUCUCUCUAUUUUCGACGAUCGUGCCUCCGUUCACGGAGGCACAAUCAAUGCCACCGAUGGCGACUGCAGAGUCGCCAUCGAUGUCGAUGUCGCCAGGUUCAGAAGGGCCGGCGACAUCGGGUGGGAUGGAUUGUAUGACAGUGUUACUAAACAUGUCAAGUUGUUUGACAUAUGUUGAACAAGAUAGUAAAUUGAGUAAGCCAGAUGAACAAUGUUGUCCUUCACUUGCUGGAUUAUUGGAUAGUAACCCUAUUUGUUUGUGUCAAUUACUUGGUAAUCCUGAUAAAAUUGGUAUCCAAAUUGAUGUUAACAAGGCAUUAAAACUUCCUAAUGUUUGCAAAUUGGAAACUCCACCAGUUAGUGCUUGUGCAGCAAUUGGUAUCCCAAUUGCAGCUCCAACAAGUGCUGAAGUUCCUGUUGAGUCACCUGGUAUAACAAAUGGUGAAGUUUCAGCUCUUUNUAUAGGAGGUUUAGCUUCAAGUCCUACUACAUCAGAGGAUAAAAAUAAUGCAGCUUCAAUUAUGACAUUUUUCAAGAUGCAAUUGGUUCUAAGCUUGGGAAUUAUAUUCUUCGUAACUAUCUACUGAGUCGAUAUUCGUCUAUGAGAGGCACACUCGUAUGAUACGUCUUUUGAAGUUUUCCCUUCUGAUUUAACCACAAAUUCUUGAAAUUAAUUCUUCAUAGAGACACUAAUAAAUUAUAUUAUCGUAUUAGAAUUAAAUUAAUUUAUGUUUUGUAAUUCUCAUUAUCUUUGAUUUUCAUACUUCCAAAAUCAUUGUUGAUUUUGAGAAAUUUGAUAGAUAUUGGAUUUUUCUAGUGAUAUGGAUGAUUAAUUUGAAUAUUUUAAUUAUGUAAUGUAAUGUUUUGUUGUGAUUUUCUCUACAUGUAAUUGUUACAAUUAUUUGUUGAGAUAAAUUGAUUUUA